AUGAGCUUCAAAGGCUUUCAAAAGAGUGUCGUUCGGGCACCUCAACAAUUCAAAGUCAAGUUUAAUAUUGGCGAGCACACCAAGGAUGCCGUUUACUCAGAUGCCGAACUCCGCUUCCAGGAGCUCGAGAAGGAGACCAAGAAACUCCACGAUGAAAGCAAAAAUACUUCGAGGCCAUCAACGGCAUGUUAA